CGCCGCCAGUCCGCCGGCUCAACUCCAGCCGCCGCGUGCCCCUCCUCUCCCCACCCGAUGCGGGCCCUCGCGCGCGCCGCGUCGCUGCUCCGCCGCGCCGCGGGGUCCGCGCCUACUACGGCGUCGCUGUACCAUCCGCCGCGGAACGUAGGCCCUUGCCUCGUGAAGAAUCUGCCAGGUUUCUUUUUCAAUGGGUAUUCUACUCUUUUGGCUCCACCAAAUGAAGUGUUGAUUCCACCAGAACUCCUUUCUAGCAGGACUGUGUGGACACCAGAUCGGGAGCUUGGGCAGUAUGAAGACCUGGUAGCUAGGGUCACAAACUUCCAUAAUGAGGACAAGGGCUUCAUGGUUUUGGAUGGCGAUGUUUUUGAUGUUCCAAUUAGGAAGGACAUUGUUCACCGAGUAGUAAGGUGGCAGCUUGCUAAAAGACAGCAGGGGACACACUCAACUAAAACUAUCAGUGAAGUUAGUGGCACUGGAAGAAAGCCUUACCCGCAAAAAGGAACCGGAAAAGCACGACAUGGAACACUGCGCGGUGCCCAGUUUCGUGGUGGUGCAACCAUGCAUGGGCCUAAACCUCGAAGCCAUGCAAUCAAGCUGCAGAAGAAAGUACGGCGGCUGGGGCUUAAGAUUGCCUUGUCUGCUCGAACUGCUGAGGGGAAGCUCUUGAUCUUUGAGGACUUGGAAGUUCCUAGCCACAAGACGAAAAACAUUGUGCAAUACAUUAGACAGAUGGAUGACUCAAAGAAGGUUCUGUUGGUGGAUGGAGGCGACAUUGAUAAGAAGCUAAAGCUGGCCACUCAAAACCUUCACUACGUUAACGUACUUCCUUCCAUUGGCCUCAACGUCUACAGUAUCCUCCAGCAUGACACCCUUGUAAUGACUCGGGCCGCUAUCAACAGAAUCGUCGAGCGGAUGCAUACCCCCAUCAACCGCUAGCAAGGAGGGUUUCUGAGUCGCACCACUGCUUCUUACAGCCAGCAACCUGUGCUUUUUCGUUCCCUGUUAAAGCUCGAAGGUUUCCUGUUAUCUUGGUGCUAACAUGGAGCUGCAACGUGAGCUGUUUAUUUUCUGUCAGACUGGAGGUACCGACCGAGGUAGGAGGGAAAUGUUGUGGCCUUUUGUAAGCAGGUCAUUGGAUGUUUAUUUUAGAUUAUUUUUUGGCGUUUUACCCACACUACCCUUGAAACUUAGUGAGUUCUUAUCCAGCAAAUAAGAUUAUGUAAUCCUGGAUUAUAUAGGUCCAAAGCUUGGGACAGCAAUUUGUUUAGAGUCCUGU